UUCGUAGGAAUGAGUGACAGCGAAGAGAUAGCGAAGUUGGUGGACGGUGCUUACAAGAACAUUCUAGAAAAAUUUAAUCCUUGUGCCCGACAACUUAUAUCAGCUGGAAAAGCAUAUCUAAAAUCCUUGCAUGGUGCUGUAGCCUCCUCUAAAACAUAUCUCGAAAGCAUCAGCAAGCUUGCUAGGCAUGCUCAUCAAGGUACCUGGGGUGGUUCUACAGACAUAGGUACAGCUCUGAUGCAGCUUGUCGAAGUUCACAAAGAAAUUCAUGCUCAACAAACAAACAUUUUAAAAGCUUUUUAUGUGGAUUUACUUCUUCCAUUAGAGUCAAACUUAGAGAAGGACACUAAAGUUGUUGCAGGUGAACACAAGAGGUUUCUUCAACAACACAAGUGUCAUCAUGAUUCUUAUCAAAAAGCCUUAUCAAUGUGUAAAAAGCAUAAGAAAAGAAACCGAAGCAGCAACCUGUGUAGCAUUGGGAAAGAUAUCAAGCAAUUACAUGCAAUGGAAGAUGAAAAGAAGAAACUAGAUGGCUUCUGUGAACAAAGUCUAAAGCAAGCCAUCACUCAAGAACGCAGACGUUAUGGUUUCGUUUUAGAACGCCAGUGUUCCCUUGCCAAACACUACUUGGCCUAUCAUACCAAGGGUCAAGCAGUGUUACAACACAACCUAGAGCAAUGGCUUGAAAUUGUCAAAACGAGGGAGUUUUUGCCAGAUUCAAUUGAAAAGAUGUUUGAUGGAGAAAACGUGUGCAAGACUGGCAGCGAAUAUGCAAGCUCUUCCAUUGUCAUUAGUCCCAUGUCCUGUCAGAAUAUGAGUUGCACAACUUCGCCAACCAUCGGCAUGCGGAAGACUCAGAGUAUUGAUGCUAGUUACUUGGACCUUAGAGAUUACGAAGACGCUCCGUAUCCAAGGCCCUUAUCCAGAGCAAAAUCAGAUUUUAAUUUGACUUCGUCCAGUGCAAGCUUAGUCUCCAGUGAUUAUGGAUCUUCUCUUCGAGCCAAAAAUAUGGCGUCCGUCGGUAGAAAAUCUUCUUCAAACUAUCACGUGAGGGCUCUGUAUUCCUAUUUGUCCAGUGGAGAACAUCAACUAAGCUUUCACGAAGGGGAUGUAAUUGUUCUCAUUGGAGAACGUAACAAAGGGUGGCAGUAUGGAGAAAAUUUAAGGAAUCACCGGGUUGGAUGGUUUCCUAUUGCUUACACAGAACCAAUUUUAGACAGUUCCGAGAGUGAAGAGCAAAGCAGUAGCAGUCCAGAUAGAAGCCAAUGGGGAGAAAAAUCGGAUUCCAGAACGUUUCCGAGCAUUAAUGGUUCACCCGUAACAAGAAGUCCAAGAAGACCCUCCAGUAGCUACACACUGAGUGCUCAUGCCCUAGCGCCUGAUCAAGAGGUGCCUGUCCAGUCAAUAUCAGCUGUUAAAAGCCUUAGGCCACAUUCCACUUUCACAGACAGUCCUGUUUUUGAAGCGAAAGAAUUGAUGCCCAAGGCUACUCCAGUAAAGACGAAGCAGCCACCGAGAACUCCCUUGCACGAAACUACCACAUACGCAUCCAUCAAGUUCCACCACCCUCCCCUGAAGGACACGUUUCGAGAGGAAACGUCUCCCGGAAUCUUCCGGUCCCCGAGGAGAUCCCUCACCGCGCCCUUCCCCAUCUCAGUCCCUCCACCCGAGCUUCCAACAUCAGCAUCCCUCCACAGCAGUAAUGACAGUGGAUUCUGCAACGACGCCAGCCAAAGUCAAAAUAGCCCAACUCCAUCCGAUGUGCCACCAACCAGUGACUUGAUUGGUAAAGAAACAAGGGAUAACAUUUUUGCAAGUGUAAAGUUACGAAAAGUGGUCACCAACGACCGGUCUGCACCCAUGAUUUCAUAA